AUGGCUCUUGAUAUUAUCAACGACCCGGAGAAACACGCCGACGCCAAUGUUGCCUCGGCGGACUCUGAUUCCGAACCAGGGCCGGUCAUCGUUAACAAAGCUCUGGAGAAACGACUUGUGAGGAAGAUUGACUUCAUUCUCAUGCCUGGCCUCGCAUUGGCGUACCUAACACACACGCUCGACCGGGCCAACCUGGGCAAUGCCAAGACUGACACGCUCGAGAAGGAUCUCGGCCUGGUCGGCAACCAGUUUUCGCUGCUCCUCAUUCUAUUCUAUAUACCCUAUGCGCUCAUGAAUGUACCGUUUACGUUAUUGGCGAAGCGAUUCAACCCUGCCGUGGUUAUCCCGUCUAUUAUGUGCAUAUGGGGUCUUAUGGCAACUGUCUCCUCAGCAACCAAAAAUUUUGGCGGUAUUCUAGCAUGCCGCAUUCUCAUGGGAUGUGUCGAAGCAGCCUUUUUCCCCUGCGCAAUCUUCUACUGCUCGCUCUUCUACACUCGCCACGAGCUUAGCUUUCGCACUAGUAUCUAUGGCAUGAUGGGUUUCAUUGCUGGUGCGAUCAGCGGCCUCAUUGCGUGGUCCGUUUUUCAGUGGAACAAAGCUCUGCAUGGAUGGCAGUACCUCUUCAUCAUUGAAGGGUCUCUUACUGUUGGUGUCGGCAUUUUGCUAUUCUUCAUCCUACCCCACAGUGUCGAGAAGUCAAGAUGGUUUACGGAAGAGGAAAAGGCAUUAGCAAGACAGCGUCUCGAGGAGGACUCACAAGAUGUGGAUAAGACCUUUAGAUGGGAAGAUGCGAAGAAGGAAUGCAGAGACUGGACGACUUGGGCUUUCACAUUUAUGGCCAUUCUCUAUGGAGUUGGCGUCACUUCGAGCUCUAACUUCUUGCCAACCAUCGUCAAGAGAAUUGCAGUGACCUCGUCGAAGGCCAACCUGUACACCGUAGGACCGAACCUGACGGCCGCAUUCAUCCAGCUCACGACAACAUUCUUUUCCGACAGACUGCAACAACGAGCCUAUAUUGCUGUUGGGACACUCUUCGUCUCUUUCAUUGCCUGGAUUCUCCUUGCUACUCUUGACCUCGUACAUUCUGUACAUGUCGGCUACUUCUUGACGUAUCUCUUGACCUUCGGCACCUUCACUCCAGGUAUUUUGGUUCCUGUCUGGAUCGCAUCAAACACAACAACCACCACGGGCAGAGCGUUCCGUCUGGGUCUCAAUUUCUUUGGACAAAAUGUUGCCGGAAUCAUCAGCUCCAACGCCUUCCGGGCCCAAGAUGCCCCUGUUUACAAGCCUGCGUUGAUUACCGUAGCGUGCUGCCAAGCAGUGUUCAUGGUCGUUUGUCUCGGAGUUAGAGAGUACUACCGAAGACUCAACAAGAAGCUGAGCAGUGGUGAAAUUGUCCACGUCAGUGGUGGCAAGGAGAGACCUGACUAUCGCUACGCUGUAUAA